AAUAACAAAAAUGCUAUAACUCCUUGUUACCUAAACUAGCUCUCACCUUUCCUCAAAUCUCCAUAAAAUACUGCGAAAAUUGUAACGCUAUGUCAGUCAGAUUCCUCUCUUUUCUCUUCAUUUUCUCGACAAUCAUCACCACUGCACUCUCAAUUGACCUUCCGUUGUACAGAGAAGCACCGGCAUUUCGAAACGGCGCAGAUUGUUCCAAAACGGCGUGGUCCUCACAACACAAAAAAUCUUUCAAUCCUUCACAUGUUAUUCACCUAGCCAUGACUCUCGACUCCACCUACCUCCGUGGCUCAGUCGCCGGCGUUUUCUCCGUACUUCAACAUGCCACGUGUCCCGAAAACAUUGUCUUCCACUUCAUCAGCACUCGGCGCCAGCGCCCUGAGUUACGCCGCAUCAUCACCACCACAUUCCCCUACUUAAACUUCGAAAUCUAUAAUUUCAACACCAAUCUGGUUAAAGGCAAGAUCUCUUAUUCCAUUCGACAAGCGUUAGAUCAACCUUUGAAUUACGCGAGAAUCUACUUGGCUGAUCUUUUACCGUCGGGUGUUGGCCGCAUUAUUUACUUCGACUCCGACCUUAUAGUUGUUGAUGACGUGGCAAAAUUGUGGAGAAUCAACUUACGAGGACAUGUGCUGGGUGCACCAAAGUAUUGUCACGCGAAUUUCACAAACUAUUUCACGUCAAAGUUCUGGUCAAACCCGUUAUUUGCGGGGAGUGUUGAAGGGAGAAAGCCUUGUUAUUUCAAUACGGGCGUGAUGGUGAUCGAUUUAUUGAAAUGGAGAGAAGGGAAAUACACAGAGAAAUUGGAGUACUGGAUGAGAAUACAGAAGAAGUACAGAAUCUAUGAGCUGGGGUCACUGCCUCCAUUCUUACUAGUGUUUGCUGGGGAUGUUGAAGAAAUUGAGCACAGGUGGAACCAACAUGGUCUUGGUGGGGAUAAUCUUCAAGGGCUGUGUAGAAAUCUUCACCCGGGUCCAGUUAGUUUGCUUCAUUGGAGUGGUAAAGGUAAACCUUGGUUAAGAAUUGACUCAAAGACACCAUGUCCAUUAGAUUACUUGUGGGCUCCCUAUGAUCUGUUUCGUCAUAAGACCUUAUUCUCUGAUAGCUGAGACUAGUGUGAGAGUUUAACGAAGUGGCGUGAUGAACGGAUGAAGUAAAUGUCGGUGUGGGGAACACAGUCUCGAUGAUGAUAUUGAUGUAUGCAUGCUGGUAGGUACAUGUUAAUGGGUUUGAUUUUGAUAUAAAAAUAGUGGAAAAGUAGGAAGGAGGUUUCAUUUCAAUCAAGAUCAGGUGGUUUUUAAUUAAA